AUGGAGGUCUACAUCCCGUCCUUUCGCUACGAGGAGAGUGACCUGGAGCGGGGAUACACGGUGUUUAAGAUAGAAGUGCUAAUGAAUGGAAGAAAACAUUUUGUUGAAAAAAGGUACAGCGAAUUUCAUGCCCUGCACAAAAAGCUUAAGAAAUGUAUUAAAACUCCAGAAAUCCCUUCCAAACAUGUUCGGAACUGGGUCCCAAAAGUCUUGGAACAACGACGACAAGGUUUAGAAACGUAUUUACAGGCUAUAAUAAUAAAAGUAAAGGAAAAUAUAAUCAUAAACCAUCACAAUUUAAUUGGCUAUCCCCAACUUCCUUGA